GAUGACUAUUGAGAUUUUCUUUACAUUGGAUUGCAUUUUAAUAAUUAAAUAAAUAAUAUGAGAUUGUAGUGGGAGUAUCUGGCAUAGUGGAAAGUAAUAUAUCGAGUAUCUGGUAUCCGAUGUUGAAUUUGUGUCGGGAGCAUUGGUUGAUUUUAAAUGAUUUUUGCAAGAAAUAAGAACAGGCAACAUGGAAUCUGCUGGAGAUUGGUGCUUGAUUGAAAGUGAUCCAGGAGUGUUUACACAGCUAAUAAGAAAAUUCGGUGCUACAGGGGUACAAGUUGAAGAAUUGUGGGCCAUAGAUGAUGGCAUUUUUGAAAAUUUACGACCUGUUCAUGGCCUAAUAUUUUUAUUCAAGUACAUGCAAGAUGACGAACCUCCAGAACCAGUAGUGUGUGAUGAUCGCCUUGAUAAAAUUUAUUUCGCUAAACAGGUUAUUAAUAAUGCAUGUGCCACCCAAGCUGUUAUUAGUCUUUUAUUGAAUUGCAACCAUCCAGAUGUAGAUCUCGGCCCUGAACUGAGCAAAUUAAAAGAGUUCAGUAUGUCUUUUGAUCCAAAAAUGAGAGGACUUACUCUUAGUAACUCUCAAACAAUCCGAACUGCUCAUAACUCUAUGGCUCAACAACCUCUUUUCGAGUUUGAUCCUAAAGUGGCAUCUAAAGACGAUGAUGCAUAUCAUUUUAUUGGCUAUAUGCCAAUAGAUGGUCGACUUUAUGAACUCGAUGGUUUACGUGACGGCCCUAUUGACCAUGGACCUAUAGCCCUUGAACAAGAUUGGCUUGAUGUCGUGCGGCCUAUUAUAAUGAAAAGAAUCAAUGUGUAAGAUAUUAACAUAUUUUUUGGUGACUAUUUCAAUAAGAAAAUAAUGAAAUGCCGUAAUAAAUUUUCGAAGACACCAUUAUUGCAUUAUUUUUAGAAUUAAAAUAAUGCCAUGCGAUGUUGUUAAACUGUUCCAGUUAUUCUAUCACGGUCAACAGCAACCUGGGGAGGUCAUCUUACACAACCAAUACAUUCUCCUCAAGACACGGCCCCCAGUACCCGGCGGCCCUGCUAUUCCUGGUUACGGUGGCGACUAUGGUAACGGCGGGGUGGGGGGUGCUAAGAAUCUCCGGUGGAGGUUCGGUUGCCACCUAAGACGACUCGACCUGGCAACAUACAACGCACGCAUCCUGAGGACUGACGAGAAGAUCGUGGAGCUGGAAGGAGAGAUGGACAAGUUACGCUGGCAUAUUAUAGGAUUAUCCGAGGUCCGAAGAGAGGGGGAGGACACGGUAAUCCUCGAAUCCGGCAACUUGCUCUAUCACCGGGAGGGCGACCAUCUGUCCCAAGGAGGUGUCGGAUUUAUCGUCCACAAGUCUCUCGUUAACAACGUUGUAAAGAUCGGGAGUGUGUCGACGAGGGUUGCGUACCUUAUACUCAGAAUCACCAAACGGUAUUCGCUGAAGGUCAUACAGGUUUACGCACCAACCUCGGCACACCCCGAUGAGGAGGGGGAAGAAAUGUAUGAGGAUAUCUCUAAAGCCAUGCAUUCCUCCAAAACCCACUAUACGGUGUUAAUGGGAGACUUCAAUGCAAAACUAGGCACAAGAGAGAACGGUGAGCUGAAAGUAGGGAAAUUUGGAAUAGGGCAACGGAACCCAAGGGGCCAGCAGCUGGCCGACUUCAUGGAGAAAGAGGGACUCUUUAUGAUGAACUCUUUGAGAUUGAGAGGUUUUAUAGGCAACUGUACACGUCAUCGUUGGAGCCACACGCGAGUGUGAGUAACGAUCCAAGAGCGAGUCUUAUCCGACACUAUUCCGAAGAUAUCCCGGACGUCUGUCUGAGCGAGAUUAGAAAGGCUCUCCAGCACCUUAAAAACGGCAAGUCCCCGGGCGAGGAUGGAAUUACAGCGGAGCUUUUGAAAGCGGGUGGAAAACCGGUACUUGAAGUCCUUAAGAAGCUCUUUAAUUCCGUCCUCCAUGGUGGCACUACUCCGGAGGCGUGGAGCAGAAGUGCGGUGGUCUUGUUCUUCAAGAAAGGUGACAACGCUCUCUUGAAGAACUACAGAUCGAUUUCUCUUCUGAGCCGCGUCUACGUGCUGUUUUCGAGUCAUUACGAAUCGACUCGCACGCAGACUUGACGACUUCCAGCCUCCCGAACAAGCCGGUUUCCGAAAAGGCUUUAGUACCGUAGACCACAUACACACCCUUCGGCAAAUAUAGAGGAAUAUAAUCUGCCACUUUGCCUUGCGUAUGUGGACUAUGAGAAAGCCUUUGAUUCCGUCGAAAUUUGGGCGGUGCUGCAGUCCCUUCAGCGGUGCCAAGUUGACUGUCUGUAUAUCGAAGUGCUGAAGUGUUUGUACAGUAGAGCUACGAUGGCUACCCGAGUAUAGAAUCAGAGUACGAAACCUAUCCAACUGCAGAGAGGUGUAAGACAGGGUGACGUUAUAUCCCCGAAACUGUUCACUGCUGCAUUGGAAGACGUUUUCAAGCUGCUGGACUGGAAAGGAUGCGGUAUUAACAUCAAUGGCGAGUACAUCACUCACCUUCGAUUUGCCGAUGAUUUAGAUCGCCUUAUGGCAGAAUCGCUGGAGGACCUAAGCACUAUGCUCAAUGACCUCAAUAGUGUCUCCCGACGGAUAGGUCUUAAGGUAAACAUGGACAAAAAAAAGUCAUGUUUAACGUCCAUGUCACACCUAUGCCGGUAGUUGUUGGGAGCACUAAGCUAUAUACCUGGGACAAAUAGUCCGACUAGGUAAGUCCAACUUCUACCGAGAGUUCAAUCGACGGAUUCCACUCGGCUGGGCAGCGUUCGGGAAACUACGACACAACUUCUCGUUAGACAUACCUCAAAACCUUAAAACGAAAUUGUACAACCAGUGCGUGUUGCCAGUGAUGACUUAUGGAUCUGAGACGUGGUCCUUCACUGCUGGACGUAUGAGGAAUUUCAAGGUCACUCACCGAGCUAUGGAGAGGGCUAUGCUCGGGGUUUCUCUGCGUGAUAAACUUAGAAAUGAGGAUGUCCACAGUAGAACCAGAGUAACCGACAGGAUUAGUAAGCUGAAGUGGCAGUGGGCCGGCCAUAUAGCUCGAAGAACCGAUAACCGAUGGGGAAGAAAGGUUCCUUAGUGGCAGCCUCGUACCGGUAGGCGAAGUGUAGGGUGACCCCCCACGAGAUGGAGUGACGACCUGGUAAGACAUGCAGGAAGUCGAUGGAUGCAGGUGGCUCAGGACCGUGCUUUGUGGCAUUCCUUGGGCGCGGCAGUGGACUUAUGAACAUGUUCAGCAGUGGACUUAUGAAAGGCUGUAAUAAUGAUGAUAAUGAAGACAUGGGUCUCUCUCAUUGAAGGAGGAAGUAACUGUAAUUGUGUCGAUUAUUGGCAUGUAGAGUUAGAUUGACGAUCGUAGUAGCCCAUAUUUCACACCUCAUAAGCUGCUCUCCGUCACCGGUCUCGGGUUUAUUUAUAGAAGAUGAUACAGCCCGGAUUACGUAUAUUUUAACUUUAUAGAUAUGCAUAUCAUUUUUAAUUAUAUACAAUGCAUCUGAAAAGGAAGUUUAUAUUUGAUGUACGAGGACGACACUGAAAGUUUUUAGAACUGGUCACUUGUAAACGAUAUAAUAAAAAAAUAAGUUCAAAUUUUGAAAAUAGAACGCUUUGCCAAUAUAAUAAUAAUAAUAAUCGUUUAUUUGCAAUCACAAUGGCACAUUAUUGUGUAUGUAUUUCAUUAUACUCAACCAAAUCUAAGAAAUACGUUUACACGUUUCACAUUAAUCAUUCCGCAAUAACUUUGUACAAGCGUACUCACAAGAUUUAAAAUAACCUUUUACGUAAAUCCAAAAAAUUAUGUAGUAAUCUAUGUUUCAUUACAACAUAUAUAGUUUUUUAUCACUAAUUCAAGUUCGAAUCUUUCAG